GCUUCCUGUUUCGUCAUCAUUUCUGUGAAGUUGACUUCAAACUAGAGUCACGAGCAGACCCGAUACAAUCUUACUUUUUGCCACUUAGUCUAAUUAUAAGUCCUUGGUAAAAUAAUCGAAUUUGGCAUACGCUUGGCUUGAGACUAGUUGUAGAAUAUACAGACCAAAAAUAGUUAAGCCAGGGCGACCUUGCUUAUCUGUGACAAAAAACAACGCGUUUGUUUAAGAAACUCCUGGGAUAGCAUUUUUGAAGACUGAAAUUUGAAUGAUUGAGUGAUUGAGUAGAGGUCCUUGAAAAAUAGCUCACUGUAUGUGAAGUGAAGAUGAAGCCUGACGUAAAAAUGGUUCUGCUGGGGGACAUGAACGUGGGGAAAACGUCUUUGUUGCACAGGUACACCGAAAGGAAGUUUACAGAUACAAUUAGCACAAUCGGGGGCGCUUUCUUCUUGAAACAGUGGGGAUCGUAUAACAUUUCAAUAUGGGAUACCGCAGGACGAGAGCACUUCCAUGGCCUGGGCUCCAUGUAUUGCCGCGGAGCUGAUGCUGUGAUUCUCACUUACGACGUCACAAAUUGGCAGAGCUUAGCAGAACUGGAAGACAGGUUCUUGGCAGUGACUGACACUGCAAAGCCAGACUGUAUUUUUGCCAUCGUUGGAAAUAAAGCAGACCUGACGGAUGACUGUGCCUUGUUUAAAGAGGCAGGAGGAGACGAGCACCCCGUGCAGACUAUGGGCAGCCCCAGACUGCGGAAGCAAGUGCACAUGGAGGAUGCCGUUGCGCUGUACAAGAGGAUUCUGAAGUAUAAAAUGCUAGAGGAAAAAGACAGCUUCCCUGCAGAGAAGAUGUGCUUCGAGACCAGCGCCAAAACAGGGUACAAUGUCAACACACUGUUUGAAACCUUGUUUGACAUGAUGGUGCCCGUGAUUUUAAAGAACAGAAAUGACGGCUUCUCUCAGACUGUAGAUUUGACCGAAUACAAGGAUGGAAAAAGGACUAGGCCUGGCUGCUGUGUUUAAUUAAACAUGAAAUCACUUAAGUGGUGUUUAACGCUAGAGGUAUGACAAGUUUUUUUUCUGAAAAAAAUGCAAAAUGUACCAGUGAAUUAAAUUUUCUUAUUUAUUGUGAAAACCACAUGGUCAUUUGCAUAUUCUGUUGCUUUUAUUUCUGUUAAAUAAGUCUACAUUAAUGAUUGAGCCUUUUAAUGUAAUUCACAACUUUGAUUUAUGUACUACUCGCACACAAGGUAUGGUUAUAGCACUUUCAUUUCAUUUGCAGACAAGGCUGUAUUAACAAGGAAAGUUAAUAAAUGGGUCCUGUUUUUAGGAACCAUAGUACAUUUAUUACUGUACAUGAUUUUAUAAAUACACUAGGUCCAGUUUUUGUCUUUUCAACAUGUUACUAUUAUGUGGUUGGAUAUUUCAGAUGUGUUUAUAUAUAUAUAUAUAAUAUAAAAUUUACUGUGAAUCUAUUUUGUUUGUCUACAGUUUGUAUAUUUUCUCUGUUGUAAAAUAUGUAUGUAUGUGCACAUUCCACAGGACCUGCCAAUUUAAAAAUAAAAAAUAAUACUUAACAAUCAAGCCAUGU